AUGGACCAAGCUUCUAGCCGUGCCGGCAACGUCGGCGAUGUCGAAGACAUUUUUGCAACCCCUAGACCAAAUCGUGUUCUUGCCGACCUCGAGAGUCUUCGGAGCACCUCGACCCGCAGCUCCAGGCAAUCAGCCUCGUCAGCCUCCCGUACAUCAUCACCGAGAAAACAAAUGCGUACCGCCGAGCGCGUCUCCAAGGGCUUCACACACGAAAAGUUCUCUCAAAAUAUGGACAAGUUGAGCCCCUCCCUACUCGGAUUACUCGAUAGGUUGGAAGCAAUUGAUAGCGGCGUGGGGUUAUUCCCUAUAGCGGCAAAGGAAGAGCUCGCGGACCUUCGCAUUCCCAAGCAUGCAUAUGCUUCGGCUGAUGGACAAGCUCCCUUCCUCCCCCGUUUUCCUGACCCUCGCUUUGUGAAGCGAAUCGUGAAGCGCGCUGCGGAAUGCGAGACGGAAAGGGAGGGCGAGUGUUCCUGGAAUAUGGACGUCCAUGCACCCUUGCUAUCGUGGGUUUGUCGUCCAGAUGAUGUUGCGGGUUUAAUUGACUAUAGAUGCUGCACGUCAGCAACGGUCCACCCCGAGUAUCAGCCAAGAGGCUUCCCGUCAAAGAUGGUCGACUUUUGCAUGGUUAUCCGGCCCCCGAGGGGUAGCGUUGAGUACGACACAAUCAAUACCAUUACCGACUCGAUGCCCGGGAGAUGCAUUAACCACAGCGACUGGGGCAAUUUUACACAAAAUCCCAUUGCUGUCUCAUUUGAAACUAAGCGUUCCGAAGAGGAUACAGAUAAGUCGAUUCUCCAAAUGGGUACAUGGCACUCAUGCCAAUGGAGGAGUAUUAGCAAGCUCGCCCGUGGCCGUCCUGAGCGCGAGCUUGGGGGUUUCCUCUCCGGAGUCAUUGUCCUCGGCCACGAAUGGUCAUUCGUCGCGAGCGUCCCUGGCCCUGCCGAGCAAUCCAUUCUUUAUUCCAGGCAGCGGAUGGGAACGACUGAGACAGAGAUUGGAGUGUGCAAGGUGUUGGCUGCGCUGCAGGCCCUGCAUGACUGGACCGCCACAGAGUACUGGCCGGCAUUUAGGGCCAGGAUAUUAGGGCUCCCAUAG